AUGAAAAGAGCAAACAUGAGGAACCUCGUCGUCUCUGCUUUCGCCGCCGGCGCCUCGGCAUGGACCUAUGCGCCAAACAUCACAUACUCGGCGGCGAUCUCGAUUGAUGCAUCCCAAAAGUAUCAGACCAUGAUCGGGGGUGGAUGUUCAGGUGCAUUUGGGAUCGCCUGUCAACAGUUUGGCUCCGUGGGACUGUCUCCAGCAAACCAGGAAAUGGUCACCCAGGUCCUGUUCGACGAGAACAUUGGCGGGUUGACGAUCGUUCGCAACGACAUCGGGUCCACCCCAGGCCAUGUUCGCGGCGACGUCGCGUCCAUCCUGCCAGUCUGCCCGCCGACCCCAGAAGGACCGUUCAACUAUGUCUGGGACAGAAACGACACAUGUCAACUGCAGCUCACACAGACGGCACUCAAGUACAACCCCAACGUCUAUGUGUAUGCCGAUGCGUGGUCUGCCCCUGGAUGCAUGAAGACCGUCGGCACCGAAGAUGAAGGCGGUCUCAUCUGCGGUGUCAGGGGCAGUAGCAACUGCAGUGGUGACUGGAGACAAGCCUAUGCCGACUAUCUGGUGCAAUACGUCAAAUUCUACGAGCAGGAGGGCAUUGAAGUCUCACUGCUCGGCGCCUACAACGAACCAGACUUCAACCCCGUCACCUACGCCUGCAUGGAGUCGGACGGCUACCAAGCAAAGGACUUCCUGGAGAUCUUGUAUCCGACAGCCAAGGCGGCCUUUCCCAACAUCAGUGUAGCGUGCUGCGACGCGACUGGUGCUCGACAAGAGAGGAACAUCUUGUACGAGCUGCAACAAGCCGGAGGUGCUGACUUGUUCGACGUAGCUACGUGGCACAACUAUCAGAGCAAUCCCGAGAGACCGUUCAACUCGAACGGCAAGCCCAACCUGAUGACCGAGUGGGCUGAUGGGUCGGGACCAUGGAACGCCAACUGGGACGUGUCCGGACAGCUCGCCGAGGGAUUCCAAUGGGCCAUGUACAUGCACAACGCGUUCGUCAACUCGGACACCUCGGGCUACACGCACUGGUGGUGCGCGCAGAACACGACGGGCGACAACGCGCUGAUCCGGCUCGACUACGACGCCUACUUCGUGUCGGCGCGCCUGUGGGCGUUCGCGGCGUACUUCCGCUUCGCGCGCCCGGGCGCCGUGCGCGUCGGCGCCGCCAGCAGCGCCGAGAACGUCUACGUCAGCGCCUACGUCAACGCCAACGGCACCGUGGCCGUCCCCGUCAUCAACGAGGCGCACUUCCCCUACCAGCUGACCGUCCACCUCGGCGGCGGCAUCGACGCCUCGACGGCCACGGCGUACUUGACCGACAACCAGCACAACGUGACGAUGGUCGGACAGACGCCGAUUGGGGGCGGGGGGGUGUUUGAGGCGACGAUCGAGCCUCGGGCGGUCAAGACGUUCUUCCUGAGCUAA